CACCCCCCGCUCCCGCUCUUCAUUCCACUGCCCUUCAUCUUCACCAAAAAUUCAUCUCUUGCAUCUUCACGAGACAAUCGAACACCUCACGAGCAAAAUCGAACGGAGUCCCUUGCCGACCUCGCCGUCACGCCGUCUCUUCUGACCUCACGCGACCUUGCCGUCACGCGACCUCGCCGUCACGCCCUCUCUUCUGACCGAACACGACCUCGCCGUCACGCCACUUUUGGACAGCAUGCUAGGGAGCUUAUUAUAACUGAGCUAGCAUUGAGGAUCCUUCCUAUUCUGAGAGAAGAGGAAUUUUUGUCCAAUGUGGACCGAUCUGAUUUGAAUAGAACACUUGAUAGGCUUGUUAUAAAGAUUGUUCCCCUGGAAAAUUUGAUUGGCCGCAAACUUGUAGAAGAUGGAGAGCUUUGUGAGAGGCGAAAUGGAAGGGGUGUUGAUCUCAUCGGAAUUGGAGUAAAACCUGGUACUGCUCCUUUCAGCGAGCCUGAGACUCAGAUAACGAGAAAAUUGGCUAUUUCAUUUGAACCAUACAUUUGGGUUAAUUUGCACUCCGGGAAGGAGAGAGUUUUGAAUGUCUGGUCGACUGCAUUCUUCAAGAUGCUCAACAUAGGCGUGAUGCAGAUGGAUGGGCUUCAGACAAAGGCAAUGGCUUCCAGUUUUGACAAUUGGGUAUCGAUAGAUGACUACCUUAAUGGACAGGAACAGUAGAUACGGCAAAAAAAUGGAAGUUCUUGACCUUGGACUUCAGGAGAUAAGGACGUAUUUGAAGUUGUUCUUGUUGUCUUCAGUGCUCCUACUGUUCAUGUUCUGUACAAGAAUUUCCAAGAGCACUAGGCCCAUUGUUCAUGUUUUUUUUUUUUUAUUU